AUGGCAGGAAUCGCAGCACAUAAGCCCAUCCACCUCGCCGAUGCCGACCCGCGCCCGGCCUUCCUCCAGCGCUGGGAGCGCAUCCGCCAUCGUCAAGCCCAUUUGUUGGUCGAGCUCGUCGCUGAGUUCUGGGGAGUGUUUUGCUACGUCUACUGCGGUGUCGGCGCCACGGCCUCAUUCAUCUGCGGGAACGCACUCCAGGUUACGAACUUGGGGUCCUUCUUCACUAUCGGUAUCGCGUACGCAAUCGGAAUUAUCUUCGCUCUUGUGGUUGCCUCGGCCACGUCGGGUGGUCACUUCAACCCGGGUAUCACGCUGUGCUUCGUGCUCUUCAAGGGCUUCCCCAAGCCCAAGGCCCUCGCCUACGUCGCGACGCAGAUCUUCGGCGGUAUGAUUGCCUGCCUGCUCGUCUACGCGCAAUGGCAUGACUUGAUUGUGGAAACCGAGGCCGUCAUGGCAGCUGCGGGCGAGCUCGACGCUAUCAAGUUCACUGCGAACGGUCCGGCCGGUAUCUUCGCGCUGUACGCGCCCGUAGGCGCCCAUCUCGGCUUGACGCUCUUGAACGAGUUCGUCUGUGACUUCUUCAUCGGCAUGGUCAUCUUCGCCUCGACCGACCCCACCAACUUCUUCGCGCCCCCCGUCGCUGCUCCGUGGCUCAUCGGUCUUGCAUAUGCUGUCUGUGUUUGGGGAUUCGCACCCCUUGGACUCUCCACCAACACCGCCCGUGAUCUCGGCGGACGUCUUGCUGUGCUGGUCAUCUGGGGAAGGGACGCCGCCGGCGGUAACUAUGCCGCCCUCGCCGCCCUGACCAACUUACUUGCCACGCCAUGCGCCUUCAUCUUCUACGAGAUCUUCUUCAAGGACUCGAGCCGAGUUCUGACCUCCGGUGGCAACGAGAUGCUCACGGGUCACAAACUCCACCAAGAGCACCGUAUCCAGAACAUCAGCGGCGGUCGCACCGCCGCCACUGCGUCGCCCGACUCAGAGCUUGGCGAAAAGUCGUAUGAGUCUCAUCGCGAGUAUGCCUCGUAG